AGCCAAUUGGUGGAAAGGAAAGGAGAGGACAUGGCACAAGGGCAGAAUAUUAUGAGAGUCAUGUUUCAUCUUUCGCUGCUCUUAGGGUUUUGCACUACUGGGGUCUGUCUCUCUCGUCAGUAUCACUUCAUUAAGGAGAAUAAAACUUGGGCUGAAGCACAGAGAUACUGCAGAGAGAAUUAUGUUGACUUAGCCAGUGUUGAUAAUGCUGAAGAAGAACUGGCUCUUAUUAAAACAGUAGACAUCAGGAAGAACAGCCCAAUCUGGCUUGGGCUGUAUGAUGAUGUGAACAGCUGGAAAUGGUCUCUGGAUGAUGAUGAUGCCUUCUACCAGGAGGGAGAGAGAACUUUUAGAAACUGGUAUAUACAGAAACCAAGCAAUGAGGAUGGAAAAAGUUUGUGUGCAGUAUUCCCGAGUUUUAAUAGAGUAUGGCAGGAGAGUGAUUGCUCUAUGAUGCAUCCAUUCAUUUGUUUUGAUGGGAGAAUCAAUGCCAUUGAACGCUACGUCCCAGUUGUUCAGUACUUGAACUGGACUGAAGCUCAAAGAUACUGCAGAGAGUAUUACACUGAUCUGACCAGUAUAAGAAAUGAGACUGAGAACCACAAGAUAAGAUUGUUAUUAUAUAAUAACAAUUAUUACUAUUAUUAUAAUGUUUUUUGGAUCGGCCUGUACAGAACCAGGUCUUGGUCAGAUAAAAGCAACUCCUCUUUCAGCAUUUGGAAACCAGGACAACCAGAUAAUUAUGGACUGAGAGAAUACUGUACUGCUGUGUCAUUUAAUCAUUCUGAUUCUGGGAAAUGGUUAGAUGAAAACUGCAAUCAAACUUUCCCAUUUCUCUGCUACAAUGCAACAUCAUCAGCAUCUUCCCAUGUGUACCACUUUGUAAAUGAAAGUAAGACCUGGCUGGAUGCACAGAGGUACUGCCGAGAGAAUCACACUGACCUGGCUACCAUUGAUAACAUGGAGGAAAUGAACGAGCUCCUUAACACAGUAAAUGGCAGCUACUCAGGUUUAGCCUGGAUUGGACUAUAUGAUGAUCUGGACAGCUGGAGAUGGUCUCUGGAUGAUGAUAGGUUCUACAAGGAAGGGGAGAAAAUGUUCAGGGGGUGGUACCAUCAACCUGAUAACUACAAUGGAAAAGAGCUGUGUGUUUAUAUCCGUUCUGAUGGGAAAUGGUCUGAUGGAGAUUGUAACGAUUAUAAGACUUUUGUCUGCUAUGGUGGAAGAAAUGUAACAGAAGGUUACACCUGGGUUAACCAGGGCAUGCGCUGGGCAGAAGCUCAGCAUUACUGCAGACAGCAUUACAAAGACCUGGCCAGUGUGAGGAAUCAAGCAGAUAAUAAAAAAAUCCUCAACCUCACAGGUGGCUCUGAAGCAUGGAUUGGCUUAUACAGGACCAGACUCUGGUCAGACCAGCACAGUUCCACAUAUGAAAACUGGAGACCAGCCACCUCUUAUAUUACUGAACAACCAGACAAUGGUUUUUAUGUUCUUUGGGAACAUGGCGAUCAGCACUGCACUGCUGUAUCACUCAGAGAUGCAGGGCAGUGGACAGAUGAGAACUGCUUAACCACAAUCCCUUUUAUCUGCUAUAGCACAAUGUUAUCAACAUCCACUCGUCAGUAUCACCUUGUCACUGAGAAUAAGACCUGGACUGAAGCCCAGAGUUAUUGCAGAGAGAAUUACAUCGAUCUGGCCACCAUUGAUAACAUGGAGGACAUGGAAAGGCUGUUUGACACAGUACAUGGCACCUAUACUGGUUUAGCCUGGAUUGGACUGUAUGAUGAUCUGAACAGUUGGAAAUGGUCUCUGGAUGAUGAUCUUUUCUACAAGGAGGGAGAGAGAAGCUUUCGAAACUGGCACCUAUACAAACCGAGCAAUUGGUUUGGAAAUAUUUCGUGUGUAUACUAUUCAGUGUUUGAUAUGGUAUGGAGGGAGGUCCCUUGUUAUUACACAAUGCCAUUCAUUUGCUUUGAUGGAAGGGGAAAUGAGAGUGAAAGGUAUAUCCCUGUUUAUCAGUACAUGAGCUGGACUGAAGCUCAGAGCUACUGCAGAGAGCAUUACACAGACCUGAUCAGUGUGAGGAACAAGAUUGAGAACCAGAGGAUAAAAUCAUUAUUACAUGGCCAUUUUAGCAAUGUAUGGAUUGGCCUAUACAGAACAAGGUCUUGGUCAGAUAAGAACAACUCCUAUUUCAGCAAUUGGACUCCAGGACAGCCAGAUAAUUACGGACAGAGUGCUUACUGUACUGCUGUUUCUACUGAGGCUGGGACAUGGACGGAUGAAAACUGUGGUCAAACCCUUCCAUUCUUCUGCUACAGGACAACGUCAUUAAUCUCUCAUCAGUAUCACUUUGUUAAUGAAAAUAAGACCUGGACUGAAGCACAGAGAUACUGCCGACAGAAUUACUCGGACCUGGCCAGCAUCGGUAACAUGGAAGAAAUGAACGCACUCCUUAACACAGUAAACGGCAGCUACUCAGGUUUAGCCUGGAUUGGAUUGUAUAGUGACAGCUGGAGAUGGUCUCUGGAUGAUGAUGCUUUCUAUAAGGAGGGUGAGCGAGAGUUCAGAGGAUGGUACCAAGAACCUAAUAACUACAAUGGAAAAGAACUGUGUGUUUCCAUGCACUACACGGGGGAAUGGUUUGAUCGGCAGUGUGCACAGACAUUGGGAUUUGUUUGCUAUAAUGGUCCAAUCAACACAUAUGUGUGGAUUUCUGAGAGAAUGACCUGGGAAGAAGCUCAGAGUUUCUGCAGAGCCAAACACACUGACCUGGCCAGUGUGAGGAAUGAGACUGAGCUUCAGAUUAUACUGAGCGUCAUGCAUGGUGACUAUGAGGUAUGGAUAGGUCUAUAUAGGAGCCGACUAUGGUCAGAUCACAGCAACUCGACUUUUACAUACUGGAGACCAGAGAUUCAAGCAUACCCAAUAUCUGAACCUGAUAAUGGUUUGCUUUCAUUUGGACAACACGAAGAGCAACACUGCACUGCUAUGGAUUAUACUGGCAAAUGGACUGAUGAGAACUGCUUAGCCAGUUUCCCUUUCUUCUGCUACAGUGCAUCCACUCCAGGUGCUGUGAUCGGACUGCAAAUGAAAAUUAAGGUUAGAGGAAACAUGCUGGACUCUCAGAUUAAAGAUCUGGUGUUGAUGCAAUUUCAACAAGAAUUGAUCAGACUGGGGAUGUCAAGGAACUUCAAACUGAGAGUGAGAAACAUGCAUAAGAUCAGCCCGUGAAAGAGGAAAUAUACCUCACUGGUUACAGGUUUUGGUCUGAUUUAUCAUUUAUUCUUCCUUCAUUCCUGCCUUCCUUCUGUAGUUCAUUCAUCCAUCGUUUCUUUGUAAGUGGGUGAGAAAUGCUGUAUACAUGUUUUCAGUAGAGACCUGUUAAAAUAAAAUAAAAUAAAAUUACAUACAGUACAUGCUCUAAAUAAAUAAAACUCAAUAAAAUGCAGAUUCAUUUCAAAUGAAAUGCUUGUUACAAAAAAAAAAUCAAAAUUUUAAAUGUAUGUUUAUGUGUUGGGGAUUCAAAAAUAUAUAAUCAUUUUGUAAAGACUUUUGAGCACUUUUUCUUCAGAUUUAAUAAAGCAUAUCAAAGGUUUGGUUAUACGAUAUAUUAUAAGAGGCAAUAUGUGUCUAUUAUUUGCAUUUUGACUACUUGUAGUUUUGUAAUUUAUGUAUUUUUCAUUGUAUGUACUUGAAGACCUUUUGAUUAAACACACUGAAUAAAAGACUGGGAAUGGUUUUUCAAUCUA